CUUCUCAUAGAGAUCUCCUGCCUUCUCUCUACUUACAAAUUGCUUGUUUGUUGUAACAAAAAAAAAAAAAAAUACUGUUCCUUUGUUUCUUGUCCUGAGAAACAUGCAAAGUCCAGUGAGGUUUUCAAGCUGCCGAGGAGUGGCCUUUGAAAUCAAAACUCAUGAAAAUCCGUUUGCCAUUACUGCACCAUCCAUUGAUGAGCUAAAAGGCAGCAUACGAACUUGGUUUCCUUGGCCUCUAGGGAGCUCCUCCAAGGUGCUCCCUUCUUCCAUCAUCAGGUCAACAAGUAGAGCUAGUAGCCAUUUCUGUGAUCUAGAUCUUGAUGGUGAAGAUGACAUUUCUUUGGAAGCAUUAGAAGGAGGAAAAGAGGAGCAAAAGGUGCAAAAACUAACUCCAUUUCCAUCCGCAACUAAGAAAGAGCAGCCACCAAAACCUGCUCGAAAGCAAGAAUCAAGAUUGUCAGUUAUAUUGCUGGACCAAGGUUUGUUCACGGUAUACAAACGACUUUUUGUCGUCUGCUUGACCCUGAACAUCAGUGGUUUGGUACUUACAGGAACUGGGAAAUUCCCAUAUGCAAGAAAUAGAGCUACCCUUUUCUCCAUAGCCAACAUUCUUGCAUUGACACUCUGCAGGAGUGAGGCCUUUUUGCGAGUUGUUUUCUGGCUCGCAGUCGAGGUCUUUGGAAGGUCUUGGAUCCCUCUUCUAAUAAAAACCACCACCACAUCUCUACUUCAAAGUCUUGGUGGCAUACACAGCAGUUGUGGAAUUUCUUCAGUUGCUUGGCUCAUAUAUGCCUUAGUCCUUACUCUUAAGAACAGAGAAAACACAUCGUCAGAGAUUAUAGCAGUGGCCUCUAUUAUUCUUUCCCUCCUCUGCAUCUCUUGUCUGGCUGCGUUCCCUCUCGUCCGCCAUCUCCAUCACAAUGUCUUUGAAAGGUUUCACAGGUUUACUGGAUGGACAGCUCUAGCUCUCCUCUGGACCUUUAUCAUUCUCACUACCUCGUAUGACCCCAAAGCCAAAUCCUAUAGCAAUGAACUAGGCUCCAGGCUUAUAAAACAACAAGAGUUUUGGAUGACAGCAGCAAUCACAAUUCUAAUUAUAAUCCCGUGGAUAACAGUGAGAAGAGUUCCUGUCAAAGUAUCUGCUCCUUCUGGCCACGCCUCCAUUAUAAAAUUUGAGGGAGGAGUAAAAGCUGGUAUAUUGGGAAGGAUUAGCCCAUCCCCAUUAUCUGAAUGGCACGCUUUCGGUAUUAUUUCUGAUGGGAAGACGGAACAUAUGAUGCUUGCUGGUGCUGUUGGUGACUUCACCAAGUCCUUGGUCUCAAACCCGCCAAGCCAUUUGUGGGUUAGGCAAGUGCACUUUGCUGGUUUGCCAUACCUAGUGAAUAUGUAUGAUAGGGUUCUUUUGGUGGCAACAGGUUCUGGCAUUUGUGUUUUCUUAUCAUUCCUUUUGCAGCCAUGUCGAGCCAACGUCUGUGUACUUUGGGUGGCCAAAGGGAUUGAACAAAACUUUGGCAAAGAAAUUCAAGAUAUGAUGAGCAGACAUCCUAAAGAUAAAGUGAUUGUGCACGAUACAGCAGUGCUCGGUCGGCCCAAUGUAUCUGAAAUGAGUGUUGAAGCUGCUAAAAAAUGGGGCGCUGAAGUUGUCGUUGUUACUAGCAAUCCAGAAGGAAGCAGGGAUGUUGUUAAUUCCUGCAAAGCAGCAGGGAUUGCAGCCUUCGGUCCUAUUUGGGACUCAUAGUUCAGUGAUGAUACAUAUUCUUCUACUUUUUCGAAACGGGUUAAAGU